AGGGUUUCUGUCGUAGAUGAUGCCUCUUAUCUUCUCGCAUCCCGAAGCGGCCUUGACAUGCCUCAGCUGCCCAAAGGAGGGGUCCUCGGAGUCGUGCUCGGGCCCCCGCAAGAGAAGCGGCUGACGUCCGAAGCGUUCAUUGCCCGCAGAGCUCCGAACCCCCCGCGAUCCCUCGCCAGGUCCCUUAGGCGCUUGGCAUCCCGGCUCUGCUCGCGGCCGAGCUUUCAGUUCUUAGCGUUUAUCACUUUCCCGUGCCGAGAUAUAUACUUGAUACAGAAAUUAAAGUCUUUGCCGGCGCCGGCGUCUGCACCAGCAAAAGCUCUGAAAACAAGUCCAACCAACGGCGACCGUAACUAGUGAUGCUUACUUACAUCAGUGACGAUACCGUUGUUCAUAAAGAGGGUUAUGAGUGGGGUGUUGAGGUGGACGCCCCACUCUGCAACCUGGCUUAGUGGAGCGCCAGGGAGCCUGAUACAGCAGCAACUUUCAGAAGGCCGGUGGUUGCAGAGAGUCCAGGGGACAAUUCAUCUCUUUAGAAAACCGCAAAGAUCUUUUUUUGGCAAGUUAUUACAGGAAUUUAGACUUGUAGCAGCUGACCGAAGGUCCUGGAAGAUAUUGCUCUUUGGUGCAAUAAACUUAACAUGUACUGGCUUCCUACUUAUGUGGUGCAGUUCCACUAACAGUAUAGCUUUAACUGCCUAUACUUACUUGACCAUUUUUGAUCUUUUUAGUUUAAUGACAUGUUUGAUAAGUUACUGGGUAAUGAUGAAGAAACCUAGUCCUGUCUAUUCAUUUGGAUUUGAAAGAUUAGAAGUCUUAGCUGUAUUUGCCUCCACGGUCUUGGCACAGUUGGGAGCUCUAUUUAUAUUAAAAGAAAGUGCAGAACGCUUUUUGGAGCAGCCCGAGAUACACACGGGAAGAUUAUUAGUUGGUACUUUUGUGGCUCUUUCCUUCAACUUGUUCACAAUGCUUUCUGUUCGGAAUAAACCUUUUGCUUAUGUCUCUGAAGCUGCUAGUACGAGUUGGCUUCAAGAGCAUGUUGCAGAUCUUAGUCGGAGUAAUUAUUUUGCUGUAGACACUGCAUCUGCAAUAGCCAUUGCUCUGAUGACGUUUGGCACUAUGUAUCCCAUGAGCGUGUACAGUGGCAAAGUAUUACUGCAGACAACACCACCCCAUGUUAUUGGUCAGUUGGACAAACUUAUCAGAGAGGUCUCAACUUUGGAUGGAGUUUUAGAAGUUCGAAAUGAGCAUUUUUGGACUCUAGGUUUUGGCACAUUGGCUGGAUCAGUGCAUGUAAGAAUUCGACGAGACGCAAAUGAACAAAUGGUUCUUGCUCAUGUGACCAAUAGGCUGUACACUCUGGUGUCUACUUUGACUGUACAAAUUUUCAAGGAUGAUUGGAUUAGACCUGCCUUACUGUCUGGGCCUGUUGCAGCCAACGUCCUAAACUUUUCAGAUCAUCACAUAAUUCCAAUGCCUCCUUUAAAGAGUACUGAUGAUUCAAACCCUGUCACAUCAACUCCAAAUAAACCUAGUAGUCCACCUCCAGAAUUUUCCUUUAACACCCCUGGAAAAAACGUGAACCCAGUUAUUCUGCUAAACACCCAAACAAGACCUUAUGGUUUGGGUCUUAAUCAUGGACACACACCUUAUAGUAGCAUACUUAAUCAAGGACUUGGAGUUCCAGGAAUUGGAGCAAGCCAAGGACUCAGGACUGGUUUUACAAAUAUGCCAAGUAGAUAUGGAACUAACAAUAGAAUUGGACAACCAAGACCAUGAUGUACUGUACUUUAAUUUAUUUUUAUGAGGAAUAUUGACUCCUUGACUUCCAAUUUAUUUAGUAAUCCAACUGUGCAUUGACUGUUCAAUCAUUUACUCUAAAUGUUAGAGAGUAGUAAGGUUUGUUCACAUUACAUGAAACCGAUGAAACUAUAUUUUUGUAAAAUGUAUUUGGGGCUGUGAGAACCUUCUAAAUGUUGUAGGGUUAAAUAGGCUUCCUAUAGAAAGCGUGUUUCUCUAAAUUUGAAUUUUGCUAUUUUUGGUUUUGUAGUUGACUGCAGUUUGAUAGACAUUAUCUUUACAAUAAGAGAACCACUUGAUGGAGCAGAUCUGUCACAUAAUUAAAAGUAUAAUAUUUUCUUCAGUGAAAUUUAUAAACAUGCUUCUUGAAUAAUGAUAUACAUUUUAGGAAAGGAAAAAAAUGUCCAUUCCAAAAGUAAAAGUCUCUUUUAUAGCGUAUCCAAACUUAAUUGCUACAUUUUUCUUUGAGGUCCUCCUGAUUUAUGUCUUGCAAAAGAAAAGCAGAUUUUUUUAUCAGAAAUUUUAGAACAUAUUCUACUAUCUAGCAUAAUUUGAAAAUUUAAAUUAUCCAUUUUUUUUAUAGUUUCUCUCAUUAAAAUAUUUCAGUACAUUUAUAAAUAGUCCGUGGUUCUCAAAGUGUUAUUUUGGUUAAAUGAAUACCAAAUCCUUUGGUAAUGUGAACUGAAGGAAUCCCAGUUUUCUGUCUUACAUUUAAUCAAAUACUGACAUAAUAAGCAGAAAACAUCAAAAACCCAAAUACUGACAUAAUGAUGAAAUUUAUCUUUUUUUGUGACCUUUUCAUUGGUUGACUUUUUAAUAACAAAUAAAAUAUAUAAAAUAUAUGAUAAAAUAUAUGGAAUUCCAUGCAUAGUAUAGGAAUUGUAUCUUUUCAAAGUUGCAUAAACAAAUUGAGUUUACAUUAUAUAAUUUUACCAAAACAUAAUAGACCCUAGAUUAUAAAAUACAGUAUUGUUAGAUGUAUGACAGGCAGUUUCUAAUUUAUUUUGUUUUGCUUUGUCCAAAUCAUAAAUUGUUAACUGUGAUGAAGUGUGAGAAUCAUAUGGAUUAUUUUAUUUUUUUAUUAUCUUCCAAAUGCAAAUGUUAAGGACUUGCCAACAUGGCCAGUAUUACUUAUAAAAAGUAUCACAAGCAGCAAAUUACAAAAAUUACCUGAAUUUGUUUUGUUUUGUUUUUAUUAUGAGUUUUAUAAUUAGAAUUUUAAAAAAGGAAUUUUGAGAGUGCAUUCAGCUUUUCUGGAACCUAGUACUCCUGGAGAUUUGUGACUUUUCCAGCCAUCAGCUGACUAUGUAGAAAAAGAUUUUUGUUUUUGAAGAAUUUGUAAGUUUCUUCAGUAAACUCAUCCUUUUUUAAAUAUGAGCAACACUUCCAAGUCCAAUUUCAUAGUGGAAUCACAAACAUCCAAGAAGCCACCUCUGUCAAGCAGAAUUCUAGUCAUCCUGUAAUAAGUGACCAUGUCCCAACUUUUGCAUGGUGAGGAGUUGGUCAUUGUCUUUAACAUCUGCAACCCUGUUCAGGCAUUUGACCUGUUGAAGAAAGAGAGCACAUACUACUUUGACUGCUGGGGAAAAUGAAACUUCGUAAAAUGUAAUAAGGAAACCAGUUCCUUGUCCUUUGUCUUAUGUUCUCCAAUGUUAGUAUACCUAUUAUUGGUCUACUAUUACAGGGUGAUUUUUCCUCCAUUGACCUCAUCCAAGUGGGUCAUGUAUGAAAUGUGAAGAACUGCCAUGUACCAAGUCUGUGCUGCCACCCUUUGCAUGUCUUUUCCAUUCUCAUGGGAUUUUUAAAGUGUGCAGGUACUGAAAACAAUUCUGCAUGAGGUUAAAUGCCUAUUUCCUCAACACCUAUUCAGAGGCAACACCUGUGUAGUUGUCCCACCAAAGGUGCUUUGAUACUCGCCUACACUAUUUAAGAAAUUUCCUGUGGGUUUGAAAAGAAUUGGCUCUACUUGCUGAAAUUCACUGAUGCCAACUGCUGUGAGUGACAUUGGUCCAUGCAUUAUUAUAUAAGAAAGUCUUAUUUGCCGGGCUCUGGCCAGCAUCUGGAUAUGAAAACAAGAAACUUGACCAACAUAGGCUUAUGCUUAUAGGGCAGUAGUCUUACAAGUAAAUCUUGCCACAGAGUCACUUGAAGCUAAACAAAGAAGAAAGUGUGAAUUGAAUAUUUGGCCCAUGGCUUGUGAUUAGGAGCAAGUUUUCAUGGAGUGCGAUUAACCCUUUCUGAGAAAACACCGUACUCUAACAUACUGUAAUGGAAAAAACACUGGACUAGAAGUCAAGAAUUUUGGAUUCUGAGCCUGAUGCUGCCACUAUGUAAGUAGUUUUGUUACCAUGGGCAAGUCACUUAACUCCUCUGAGCUUUAUCAUCUGUAAAGUUAGGGUGGGGAAUGAACUAGUUGAUCUGUAAAUAAUUAGCUCUAUAAUUUUAUGACUAAAUCUACAGAUUAUGCCCAUUUGCUAAACAACAUUGUGCACGGAAUGUCCUUUCAGUGACUACCUCAGCAUACAGGCCAAGUGUUACCUACACCAACACCCAAGCCAUUAAUUUGAGGUGCCAGGAGAAUAGAAGGUGAACUGCAGGCUAACACCAUUUAAGUUUUUGUUUAUUUCAGACUUGCCUUGACUUAAAUCUGUUAAAAUUAAGCAGAUUUUUCUUAGACUUCUUUCUUUGUGGGGAAGGAUUAUUUUGUGGGGUGUUGGAGAAAAGUUUAGGACAGGGUGCCCUUAUCUUCCUAGGGUACAAAAGAAUCAGUUACAUUUUUCUUUCUUCCUUAAUCUCUGAACAUACGGUUGGAAUUACAUACAUGUAUCAGCAAAUGGAGAGGUCCUGAAUUUCAAGCCUCUGAUUUAGCUGCUCGUAAACUGCCAAUUUUUUGCUUGACUAUAGUAUGCUGAUCUUUUUGGGAGUCUAAUCUGCUUCUUAUAUAAGGAAAUGCUUUUUACAUUCCAGAUUGUUUAAAUCACACUGUUUGAAUAAAGAACAUACAUGGAGUUUUCUGAUCCUAAA